AUGGCCAGAACACUCCGGAACAACAUUCAAGCCUUACAAGAACGGGGUGAAUUAACCAAGGAGGAUAUCAGUAAUCCUGAUAUGAUCACUCUGUUGUUGGAAAGUCUCUUUUACUCACGGCCACGGCCAGGCGAGAGCAGCACGACCUCCCCAUCAUCAUAUGACCUUCUUGGACAAUCUUCAAGCUCGGUGUCUGAGUUGUCUUCUGAUUCUCUGGCUACCGAUGAAGAUGUCUUUAUGGAUUAUACACGUCCAGUCCAAAUCCAAAGCAGUUUCGACGCAGCACAUUGCCCAACGGAAGCUCCAUAUUCUUUCACAAAUUUUGAGUCCAUGGUUGUAUCAAAUGUAUUUGAUGUACCUCAACCCCCGUCAGAAACCCCUCUCCACUCGAAAAAUUUCGACAGCGAUACUUCUUCGCUGGCAAGCAAAGUUUCCCUGAUCGAAGAUGGCGAUACGCAAAUGGCCUGGUACGAAACCCUGAGUGAAAAAUAUCAACAUUUGGAAUCAAGUAUCUGGCAAUUUGGCGGAGCCACAGGGAACUGGCCCUUUAUAGGAGGCUCAGAUUGGUCGAGCGGCCCCUCGCCGCUGCAAACAGUCACAUUGCCCUUGAUAUAUCCUGGCGACCCCAUAAACGAGAUCGUCCUAAGCUGUCGAGACCGAGCCCGAGAUCUGCUCAGGUCUGGCGUUCCCUUGCAGUCUGUCAUGGGAUCAGGACCCACGGACGUGGAGUUGCUGUUCCGAAUGAGGCAACCAGAUGAAGAGUGGAACUUGCCUGGGUGGGCGUGUGAGGUAGGGCUACCCUCCGAGUUGAUGGCAUGGGGUCUUCAAGAUGUUGAGUGGAAUGUCAAACUCGCUGAAGUCUUCAUGCGGGUUCGAUUCAUGAGGUGGUUGAUCCUUCCGGGCGCGGAGACCCUCACUGGCAUUCCGGGCAUCCUGAGACCAACGACCGUACAAAUGCGAUUUCCCCACCCUGUCGCAAUAGAUUUCCUCCCGAUACCGGCGGUUCGCACAAUCCUGGUCCGAAGACCGCGAGACUGGCAAACUCCCUUGAGCAGGUCCAAAUACAGCUGCAACUGGGAUGAUAAUCUCGGGCCGGCAAUCGUUACUGAUCCUCUUACCGGACGACGAAUCUUGAGCGCAAAAUUUGAGAAGCAUAUUUGCACCUAUCAAAACUGGAGUGUCGGCAAAAGCAUUCUAGAAACCUGGCCAGAAUUGUGGGGAGAGAUGACACUGGACAAAGAGAAAUAG